ACCGAGCUCAGAGCUCUGGCGGGUUGGGCUCAGCUUUCCCGCCGGUCUCCCCGAAAGUGACAGAGGCUUUCGUAUCGCGCAAGCCCCCUUCUGGUCGCCCCGAGAGUCCCCUUUUUCUGGUGCCUCGUAGGGAUGCUUUUGGUGGUCCUCGUGUUCCUGCUGCCCACAGUCUCCGAUGCCUGCGGUGAUCCACCAAGGUUUGAAACUAUGAGGCUCCAGGGUGCGCCUAAACCCAGGUAUCGUCCUGGGGAACGUAUACAAUAUGACUGUCGCCUAGGUUUCAAGCCCAUAAUUCCUCUUCGUUCCAGAUCUGCUGUUUGUGAGGAUGACAAUACAUGGUCAGCUCUCGAGGAGGCCUGUACAAGAAAAUCAUGUCCUAAUCUGGGAGAUCCAAUGAAUGGUCAAGUUUACUUUGUCAAUGGAAGUAUUCUGUUUGGUUCACAGGCUCACUUUGUUUGCAAUCAGGGUUUUUAUCUGAUUGGAGAAAGAAUUCUACAUUGUGAAAUUUCUGAAAACAAUGUGAGCUGGAAUGAUGAUUCCCCAAUAUGUGAAAAGAUUUUGUGUUCCACACCUGGAAAUAUAAAAAAUGGAAGAUUUACCAUUUACAAGGAUGAAUAUCAAUAUAAUGAAAUAGUAACUUAUGUGUGUGAUCCUUCAAAUGGACCAGAUGAAUAUUCUCUUGUUGGAGAGAGCAGGCUUGUUUGUGUUGAUCAUGAUAGAUGGAGCAGUGACCCUCCGGAGUGUAAAGUGGUCAAAUGUGACUAUCCAGUUGUUGAACAUGGAAUGAUAGUAUCAGGAUUUAGAAGAAAAUUUUACUACAAAACGCAAGUUGUAUUUAAAUGUAACCAGGGUUUCUCCCUUCAUGGCAGCAGCACAAUUGUCUGUAACGCAAACAGUACUUGGGAGCCCAAGAUACCAACGUGUACUCAAGGUCCUCGUCCAAAUACAACUACAGUGUCAAGUUCAACAGGUCUUCAUCCAGCUACAACUACAACAUCAAGUCAUGCAGCAUAUGUCUCUCCAACGGUUGACUUAGAGCCUGACUCUUUUGAGGACUUCGAUGCAGCAGUCAUUGGUGUGAUUAUUCUUUCUGUGCGAGACGUGGAUUCAAUCCCUGGGCCAGGAAGAUCCCCUGGAGGAGGGCAUGGCAACCCACUCCAGUGUUCUUGCCUGGAGAAUCCCCAUGGACAGAGGAGCCUGGUGGGCUACAGUCUAUGGGGUUGCAAAGAGUUGAACACGAAUGAAGCGGCUUAGCAUGCACGCAUUCAUCUUUGCCAAACAUUAGAUUUCUAUUUAAAAUUCUGCUUAAAGAGAAGCAUUUCCUUAUAACAGAAAAAAGUAUUGCUUCAAAAAAAUGGAAGAAUACAGUGGCAUUGGAGAUUCACUGAGAGCCUGACUGCUGACUCGCUCUCCACGAUAGUCCUGAGGACACGGCCAUGUAACAAGCACCGUGCUGUGACAGCGCUGGUUCAUAGCGAAGCCUCUCCCACCAGGGGAAUAACACAGUCUCCAGCGUGAACACGGUUAGCUCUCCCACGAGGUGGGCCCCCCGAGGGUUUGCUGGGGCAGGCACGCUGUAAGUAACCGACGGGCCCACAUUUGGUUGUAGUAUGCCUGUUGUAGUCAGUUUCCUAAGCAGGAGUGGAACUGCGUUCUCCAGCUCCGGAGUCAGUGGUCCUCAGUGGCUGCUGCGAGUGCCAAAACCAGCUCAUCCUAUGUAAAGUGAGCUUGAGUGCACAGGGGUUAAGUAAAACAUAUGAAAAUUAAUUUUCCUGCUUCUUUGCAUUCUUUUUAAUGUGGCUUCUAGAAAAUUCAAAAUUACCUGUGUAACUUGCAUUAUAUGUCUUUGGACAAUACUGGAAUUGAAUAAUAAAUUUUAGAAAGCUGUCUAUUGUCACCAAAAAAUGUGAUGCGAGUUUUAGUUACUUAGGAGACUCUAACCAGAACACAUGAUUUCCUUCAAGUGAGGGGUAAACGAAGCAUUUUUGAAAUUGAACACUCAGAAUCAUUACCUUUUUAAAGAUUCCAUCUCAGAGCAACAUUUUAAAUUGCAAUAUUAGAAAAAUGUGUGUUUAAAAGAAUCCUUUGUUUCAUAGUUCAGUGACUUACUGAAAAACGCAGAUUUUCUUAACUGUCCAUUUUCUAACUGGACUUCUGGAAUUUAAUUUAUGUACUUAACUCUGCUCAUCUCUGAUGCUGUCUUUUUACCUUACCUUGUAGGGAAACAGAGUUUAGCACUCCAUCCACCACUUACUGGAAUAAUUUAACCACUCCUGUAGUAGACAAACUAAAUCGUUUCCAUAAAUCCAUGCAUCCCUUUACCUUUUGAUUCUUUUAAAAUGUUAAGAUCUACAGUAAACUCAUACAGAUACCAUGAGAAACAGCAUGGAUUUUCCUCAAAAAAUUAAAACAGAAUCACAAUAUGAUCCAGCAGUUCUGUCUGCAUAUAUAUUUGAAGGACAUGAAACCACCACAUGGAAGAUAUAAC